AUGACAAGCCAUAAUACUGAUCCCGACCCUGAUUUCUGCCUUCCUUCGUCUUCUUCAAUCCCUACCACAUACCACCAUCAAAACCCACGUAAAAAAAGGACUAGGCUGAUCAAGAUUGAACCAAGUUUGCUUCCUUCUAGUACAAUAUCUAGGCCAAAAUAUUACAAUAAACCUGACCCUUCCGCACCAAAGAUCACAAGACCUUGUAGUGAGUGUGGCAAGAAGUUCUGGUCAUGGAAAGCACUCUUUGGUCACAUGAGAUGUCACCCUGAAAGACAAUGGCGUGGCAUUAAUCCACCUCCCAAUAAUCUUAGGCCCGUUUCGCCUAUUGAUCAGCCAGUAAGUAUUGCUAGUCCUACUAACUGGAAAGGCAUGAUGACUGCAGAGGAUCAUGAGGUGGCUUCUUGUUUGUUAAUGUUGGCUGAUAGUGAUGGUGCAGCAAUGUUGGAGUUGAAUUGUACUCGUUUCGAGUGUUCAAGUUGCAGGAAGGUUUUUGGGUCACACCAGGCACUAGGGGGUCAUAGGGCAAGCCAUAAGAAUGUGAAGGGUUGUUUUGCAUUAACAAGGAGUGAUGGUUGUGAGGUUGUUGAGGAUCAUAGUGGGAGUGGUGAUGUGAAGGAGAACGUGGAAGAUAACAGCAAGGCUUUGUUGGUGUUAGGGCACAAGUGCAGUAUUUGCUUGAGGAUGUUUCCCAGUGGACAGGCACUAGGUGGACACAUGAGGUGCCAUUGGGAGAAAGGCGAAGAGAACUCAUCAUCCAUGAAUCAAGGACUUCAUUUUCUUACGGCAAAAGAAGGUUGUGGGUUGGACCUUAAUUUGCCUGCCCCAAUGGAAGAUGAAUCAUCCUCUUCUUAUUCAUCAGGUCUCACUUUGGACUUGAGAUUGUGCCUCUGA